GAAUCGCUGCCAUCGCCGCCGCCGCCGCCUUCUAUUUCGUCUCUAUAUAAAUCCGCCACCGGAGGGGGAAAAAACCCCACUCAUCCUCUGCCGGAAAAUGCCUCUCAAUCCUCCUAAAACCUCCUCCCAUUCCCACCGCAUAACCCACCCCGCCGCCGUGCAGGGGGUUUUCAAACACCCGAUUCCAUCACGCGCUACCACGGUCCCCGACGCGGUGGCGCGUUUCCACAACCACGCUACGGAUUCGAACCAGUGCUGCUCCGCCAUCGUUCAAGAGAUCGACGCUCCGGUCUCCACCGUGUGGUCCGUCCUCCGCCGCUUCGACAACCCACAAGCCUACAAACACUUCGUCAAGAGCUGUGACGUCAUCGUCGGAGAUGGCAACGUAGGCAGUCUCCGUGAAGUUCGCGUCGUUUCCGGCCUUCCAGCUGCCAAUAGCACCGAGCGACUCGAGAUUCUCGACGACGAACGCCAUAUCAUUAGCUUCAGCGUCGUCGGAGGCGAACACCGGCUCGCUAACUACCGGUCCGUCACAUCCCUCCACCCUGCCAUCGACGGCACCGUCGUGGUGGAAUCGUACGUUGUCGAUAUUCCGCCAGGAAACACCAAGGAGGACACGUGCGUGUUCGUCGACACCAUCGUCCGUUGCAACCUUCAGUCACUGACUCAGGUCGCCGAGAACUUGUCCCGCCGGAGCCGAGCGGCGCCACCGUGAGCCUUUAGAAUCUGUGAGGUUGUUUUAUUUGACACCAAUUUUAAAUAUAAUGCAUUAUAGUUUCGUACCUAUCUCUAA